GUGUACCUGCAGCGACCAGUCCCUCCUCCUCAAACUCUCUUUGAUCUGCUCGUGUCGCCAGUUUCCUCGUUCCCGUCGCCAGGUCGGUUUCCUGCAGAACCGACCUCCCGGUCCGUCUAAACCCGGUUUAAACCCGCUCUAACCCCGACCCGGUAACGGUAACGACGCUCAGUUUUACAAACAAACAUUUAACGACAAGUUUUAUUUUAAAAUCCGCGUUCUUCGCUACAAUUCGGCUUCUACCUGCCGAGGGAGAGACACCUGUCGCUGCUCACCUGUCGCCGCCAUGUCCGCGGCACGGUAACGGCAGCGAGUGGCGGAGUUCACCGGAAGAAAACAGGCGACGAACUGCGCUGAAGACGGAAUAAAAAGGAGAACCGGGGGCCAUCAGCGGGGACUCUAAGCAUCAUGGAUUUACUGGAUUCGGGACAGAAGUUCAGUACCGGAAAGGACACUGACUGGGAUGCAGGUCUUCAGUUCCUGCCGGCUACAGACUCCAAGAAGCUGGAGAAGAAACCAGGCCGCAGGAAGAGGCUGUGGAUUGGAGUCGGUCUGCUGGUUUCAGCCGCUGCUCUGGCUCUGCUGACCGGACUGCUGGUCUGGCACUUCCACUUACGCCGUGACGUCCGAGUGAAGAGAGUUUACAUCGGCUCCAUGGGGAUCAGCGACCGGCGCUUCCAGCCUGCGUAUGAGGAUCCCAGCAGUACUCAGUUUACUAACCUGGCCUCUCUGGUCAGCCAGCAGCUGAAACUGAUUUACUCCAAAAACUCAGUCCUGGCCAAAUACUUUAAAGAAUCCACAGUCCAGGCCUUCAGUGAGGGAGAUGGUGGUGGUGACAGCAUUGUGGCGUAUUACCAGUCAGAGUUUGAGGUCCCCGUCCCCCAGCAGACUGCACUGGACGAAGCCAUCGAGUCUCUGGAGCCGCCGACAGGAAGUCAGCAGGGCCGACAGGGACGCAUUCUACUGAAACCCACCGACGCUCUGAACGUCAACAGUGUCAGCUCACGAGCUAUAGAUCCACGCAUGACAAGGAACUCUUUAUUUGUGAAGAAACACUUCAACAUCCAUGUCAAAGAAGCGGGAAUCGUCCAAUCACCAGGGUUUCCAGAUUCCUCAUACCCCCCAAACAUCUACCUGCAGUGGAGGCUUCGGGCCGACCCCGGCCACCGAGUCCAGCUGGACUUCCACACCCUGAUCCUGGAGGACGACUGUCAGAAAGACUUCAUCAAAAUCUAUGACUCCCUGGCUCCAAUAGAGAACUGUGCUCUGACCGAGCAGUGUGGAUACCCCCACAAGUCCCUCUCCUUCCUGUCCUCUGGAAACGUCAUGUUGCUAACUCUGGUCACCAGUGAAGAGAAGAACUUCCCCGGCUUCAGAGCCAACUACUCCCAGAUUCCAGUGACUGAACAAAAGUGUGGAGGUACACUGACGGGAAACAAAGGUUCCCUCUCUUCACCUUUCUUCCCCUCCAACUAUCCUCCUAAAACCACAUGUGUCUGGAACAUUGAGGUCCCGAAGGAAAAGUUUGUAAAGAUUCAGUUCAACAAGUUCUUCUUGGGAAAUGAAAGUAAAGAGUGUCCCAAUGAUUAUGUUGGCGUCGACAAUCAAAGACUGUGUGGCAGGAGGUUAAAAAGCACAGUGAUCACCAGCCAAAGCAAUGAGAUGACCAUCAAAUUUAACUCAGACUCGUCCUACGUUGACCAGGGUUUCACUGCACAGUAUGAAGCCUUCGUCCCAACCAACCCCUGUCCGGGAAGAUUCCAGUGCACCAACAACCUGUGCAUCAACACGACUCUGCAGUGUGAUGGCUGGAAUGACUGUGGAGAUGGCAGCGAUGAGGACAACUGCAAGUGCGAGGUCACUCAGAUGAAGUGUAAAAAUGGACGCUGUAAACCAAAGUUCUGGGAGUGUGAUGGGUCUGACGACUGUGGUGACAACACGGAUGAAGAAAACUGUGUAAGAUGUAAACCAGGAGAGUUUUCCUGCAGAAAUGGCCGCUGUAUCCCAGAGAAGCUGAGGUGUAACGGAAAAGAUGACUGCAACGAUGGAUCUGACGAAUCUAAAUGUGAAAAAUCUCUGGUGCUGCAGCAGUGUUCAGAGUUCACCUUCCGCUGCAAGAACGGACGCUGCAUCAGUAAACUGAACCCAGAGUGUGACGGAGAGGAGGACUGUGCGGACGGCUCUGAUGAGGACGACUGCCAGUGUGGAUUGAGGCCGUACAGGAGCUCUCGUAUCGUGGGUGGUCAGGCGUCGCGGGAGGGCGAGUGGCCCUGGCAGGUCAGCCUCCACAUUAGGGGCACGGGUCACGUGUGUGGAGCAUCUGUGUUGAGUCGCCGCUGGCUGCUGACCGCUGCUCACUGUGUCCAAGACAACGGACCAAACAAGUAUUCACAGGCAGACCAAUGGGAGGCCUUGCUGGGUCUGCACGCGCAGAGUCAGAUCAGCGAGUGGACGGAGAGGAGGAACAUAAAGCGGAUCAUUGCCCACCAGGACUAUAACCCCCUGACCUAUGAAAACGACAUCGCCCUGAUGGAGUUGGACAGUGAAGUCACCCUCAACCAGAACAUCUGGCCCAUCUGCCUGCCCUCCCCCACGUAUGACUUCCCAGCAGGCCAAGUGGCAUGGAUCACGGGCUGGGGAGCCACCAGAGAAGGAGGCGUUGCUGCCGUCAUCCUGCAGAAGGCGGAGAUUCGGAUCAUCAACAGCACGGUGUGUAAGAAUCUGCUGGAGGACGUCACCGACAAUAUGCUGUGUGCCGGAGUCCUGAAAGGAGGCGUGGACGCCUGUCAGGGUGACUCCGGUGGACCGCUGUCCAUCACCAGUCCCAGUGGGCGGGCCUUCCUGGCUGGCGUGGUGAGCUGGGGCGACGGCUGCGCUCGCAGGAACAAACCCGGCGUCUACACCCGAGUUACCAAAUACCGCAGCUGGAUAAAGGAGAAGAGCGGAGUGUAGCUGCAGAGUAGACAGCUUCUCUGGAUUACGGGUAUUUCUCAUAUUUCUGACCAGAGGUGAACAUUGGUUGUGUUAGUUUUUCUAUUUGAAGUCUUGUUUUAAGCCAAAACAAGAUCAUCAAUAUUCACAUCAGACUCAGCAUCAUUCACAAAACACAUAAAACCUUUGUUUUUAACUGAAUAUUUUACCAAGGAGAAAAUUUUUAGUCUUUCAUUUAAAUUUUUAAAUUAAACACUCGUUGUGUUCCUUUGAAACUUCACAACGAUGAUAAAAAUCUUCUCAGGGUGAAAAAAGAGAUUCUUUACUCUUCUGAGUUUACAUACAGUCAAACUACAACUGUCCUCAAGGCUCAUUACUUCUCUUUGCCUGAACGGUGUCACUGUGUUUUUGGUCUCAACUAAUAUCAAACACUAA